AUGUCAUCUCUACUACCUACAUUGCAGGAACAUGCACGCGCGAAAAGAAGGUGCAGCGCGGGCGUCCCCGUGCGCGUCCGGGUGAAAGAUGUCGUGGACGGAGUCCACGGGUCAGCCCUAGUCAGCUACAAUGCUGGGAUCAGCGCGUGCGAGAAAGGCAUGCAGUGGCAGCGAGCUCUGUCGCUGAUCAGCGAGAUGUGGGAGGCGAAGGUGGUGCCCGAAGCCAUCAGCUUCAGCGCUGGGAUCAGGGCUUGCGAUAGAGCCGGGCAAGGACUACAAGCGAUUUGGUGGCUCACUGCGACGCGGGAUGCAAAGCUUGAGUCCAACGUCGCGAGCUUCAGUGAUGCACUCGUUCUUGCGAUACGCAAGUAA